UCGUUUUCCAACAUGGCCGCUGCCACAGUCAAUAAGUUCAUCUGUAACCUAUGCAUAAGCAAAUUGCCCCGUUUAUCACAAGCAUGUGGACUGAAGCUGUGGAAGCUCCCACCAGACUACAGCGAUAUCGAGUUCCCUACUGAGCGCAAGCUGCCCAUACUGGACAAAGUACCGACCUAUCUAUUCGGCGUUCGACCACCUAAAAUGAUGAAGGAUCUCGCCACGAUCAGGGGACCCGAACUCGUCCACAACAGGCUCUUGUACAAACAAUAUGGGAUAAUAACUCUAUGUGGUGGCUUCAUGCGUCCAGGGCACAUUGAUAUGAUACGCUUGACCAUCAAUAAGAAAUUGAAUGUCUCGACGAUGUUUGCAGUUUGGAGAAUAGAUCCACCUUGGAAGCCAAUUACUAAAAAGGGUCAAGGCAAACGUAUGGGUAAGGGAAAGGGUCCUAUUGAUCAUUACGUCACGCCAGUUAAAGCUGGUCGCAUUCUUAUCGAGGUUGGAGGUCAGAUUGACUUUGAAGAAGUGAGGCCUCUGCUUCAAGAAGUUUGUUACAAACUUCCUGUAGAUGCUAUCCCAGUAAGUGAAUCAAUACUUCAGGGCCUGAAGGAACAGGAAGAGAACGAAGCACAAAAGAACAUAAACCCAUUCAGUAUGGAACGAGUAAUUGAUUAUGAAAUGCAAGGCUCUACGAGGUGGGUCAGCAAGUACGACAGGAAGUACUACGGAAAGUACAUUUAGGAAGAUUUGGGUUAGUCAGGAAAGCCAUGAAUAGGGAUGCAUUUGUGAAGGUCGUAGCAAAUGCUGUGAAUAAAAAUAUCAUUUUGUACUUCAA